GCUACUCAGGAGAAACGAAAUGAUCUGCCCUGGAGCCGCAGCAAAAUGCUGGAUGGACACCUACUCCUGGGAUGGUUAUCGUUCACAGUUAUAGUGUACCUUUUCAACUUGCCAGGACCGACAACAGCGUAUUUUGGACUGACAGGUAAUGAACCGCUGUCCAUCCUACCGCUGAGCUCCCAACCCGAGGAGAACGUGGGUAGGGCCCACUACAAGCUGUGCGACCGGCUCAAACUGGAGAAAAAGCAGCGGCGGAUGUGUCGACGAGACCCGGGUGUGGCCGAGACCCUCAUGGAGGCCAUCAGCAUGAGUGCCCUGGAGUGCCAGUACCAGUUCCGCUUCGAGAGGUGGAACUGCACCUUAGAGGGCCGCUACAGAGCCAACAUUUUAAAGAGAGGUUUUAAGGAGACAGCCUUCCUGUAUGCCAUCUCCUCAGCAGGCUUGACUCACGCCAUGGCCAAGGCAUGCAGUGCCGGGCGAAUGGAGCGUUGCACCUGCGACGAAGCCCCAGACCUGGAGAACCGCAAGGCCUGGCAGUGGGGCGGCUGUGGAGACAACCUGAAGUACAGCAACAAGUUUGUCAAGGACUUCCUGGGCAAACGCUCCAACAAGGACCUGCGUGCCCGCGUGGACAUGCACAACACUAACGUGGGCAUGAAGGUGAUCAAAGCUGGGGUAGAGACUACCUGCAAAUGCCACGGUGUCUCAGGCUCCUGCACCGUCCAGACAUGCUGGAGGCAGCUCUCGCCCUUCCAUGAGAUCGGCAAGCAGCUGAAACAGCGCUACGAGACCUCUCUGAAGGUGGGCAGCUCCACCAACGAGGCCACAGGGGAGGGGGAAAUCUCCCAGGCCCGGCCCCAGCAGCAGCAGCCCCCACCGGGCCCCAACAACGACCCAAUCCCACGCACCAUGGACCUUCUCCACAUCGAGGACUCACCCAGCUUCUGCCGGCCCAGCAAGUACUCGCCGGGCACCUCGGCCAGGAAGUGCUACAAGGACAAGAACUGCGACGCCAUCUGCUGUGGCAGGGGCCACAAUACCCAGAGCCGCGUGGUGACCCGGCCAUGCCAGUGUCAGGUGCGCUGGUGCUGCUAUGUGGAAUGCAAGCAGUGUACACAGAGAGAGGAGGUCUACACCUGUAAAGGGUAGCCCAGUCUUAGAGGAGAGAGCAAGACAAUGGAGUGGGAGGACCUUUAGAAGCACUUUGAGGGAUUUUCUGUUGUGUGGGUUUGGUUCUAAUGCCCUGUGGCCCCAGCCAAUGGGGGUUGGGGUUGCAGCAGGAGAUUGGCCUUGUCUGACAACCGGGUCAACAUGUGUCUCAUGCUUUCUGGUUGCAGAGUUGGAGCCUUGGAGAAAGGCUACCUCGCCUAUUCAACAUCCAGUCAGAUGUGUCAGUGAGAAAACACAGCACUUGGCAGCUGUCUCCGGCUAGCAUGCUGUUAACGAGGAUCCAAUAUAAUGACAGUAAUAGUAAAAGACUGGCUUUUGGGCCUUGCCCAAAGUAGAAAUGUGUGUGUUGGCAGCGAGUGAGGGUGCAGGGGGGUCAAAUGACAACUCAUAUGGUAAUCAUGGCAACCAUAUUCCGAAACUGUUCUGAACACAGGGUGUAAGAUUUAUUAUACACGCACAUAUUUACACUCACACACCAAUGUGUGUAUGCAUAUGUAUGUAAAUCAAUUAAAUUGUAUUAUAAUGAUAUUAUACACACUUGCCACUUCUCUGAAUAUGUUUAAACAAACCACUAACUACACAAAUGUUUUGUUGUUUGUGUGUUCUCACUCUCUUUUGCUCUUUUGUCAAUUUGUUUUGACAAGGCGCUUUGGAAAGCAGCACAUUUGUGUCCUUUGUGUCUCUCUGUGGAUAAUUUAUGGACCCUUUGGGACUACUCCUUCACGAGGAGAGAAAACACGUUCAUUUGUCUUUGAUUCUUUUACACUAGAGGGAAAUUGUUGGUGAAUACAUGUACAGAAAUGUAUUUUUGUUUUGCCAGUAAUUUUAGGCUACUCUUGGCCUUGAGUGAACUCAACUAAUGUUCAGGGAAUAACUGAAACCACUAUACUUAUUUGGAAAGAGUAAAAAGAAAAACUGAAAAUCUGUACGUAAUCGAAUGUUCAAUGAGAGAAUGGCCUUGCUUUUCUGAGUUUAGUGUCUAUUACUGUCACCGUGACAACAGGAGACCACCUGACCAGUAGAGAAUGCAUCUUCCAAUCAGAUGACUAGUGCUCUAAGUAACAGCAACUCAACUAUGUCACCUUGCUUCUUGGUACUUAGUUAGCCCUCUGUUUAAAAAAGAAAAGCCAAUCUUGCUAGUAAUAGUACUAUAACAUUAUAAAGAAAACAGCAAACUGUGGGGUACAGGAGAAAUGUAACCCCUAUUUCUAUACAUACCCUCUCAUAUCCUUCCUUCCUCUCUCUACACCCACCAUUUGAUUGACAAGGAUAAAUGGUUGAGGUUGAAAAUGAACAGUAUGGUGCAAUAGAAACUAAAAUACAUCUUGAGAUGUUUGCAAAAUGGCUUAAACAUUAACACCCAGAGCAAAUGUGGUCUUUUAGAGAUAGUCCUGCUGAAGCUCAAAGUAUUAGGUGACAAAGUGUGUUUGCGACGACAAAGCAAAUGUAUGCUCUAGCUGGAGCCUAUGCAUUGUCUAUCCAUUGUUUUGGGCAUAGCUACCACAACUCUGUGACUGCAAAGGUACAAUCUCCUUUUGUGUUGUUUUGACAGGAAUUUUCUCUAAGGCAGGUUACUAUUAUGUUGUAUGACUAACAUUUAAUAUAGGACGUUUGAAGCUUAAAAUGACUGGUGGCAAAGGCAGAGCCAACCCUGUAAAACAGCUACAAUAACUCGUGAGAUCCAAAGUCAUCUUUAGAUUCCCUUUAGAUAUACAGUCUUUGCCUUGUUUUAAGUGGGUGAGAAUGAACUACUGAGUGAGGAACCCAACAUUGUAAGAUAGCCCCAUUCACGCACUGAAGCCCCAGAAGCCCUUAAUAAUUUCCCUUUAAAGUAUUUAUGAAUAUAUACAGUGCAGAUGUUUUUGUUUAUUGUAAAUAGCAAUGGUUUAUUCUCCUGUGGUAUAGAGACAAGAGUGAGGCACAUGGUAAAAUCUCACAGGGAAGUAAAGAGGAAGUUGGUAGCAAUAAGGAGGUUAGGACCAAGAUAUCUGAUGCUGGGAAGUCAAGUGAUAAAAUAUAAGUUGAUGCGUAAGGCUAAGGCUAAACCAUGAAUAUGGAAUACAUUGCUUCUGUAAACUUUUGAUUGUAAGUGAUCAUCAGUAAGUGAAAAACAAGUGCCAAAACGAGUACCAACAUUAGUAAAUAGCAUGCCAAUACCCUCAAAUAGCUUUGACCAUCGGCUAUGUUAUAUAGACUACAGUUCGCCUACAGUUUUAAACCAGGGACUCUCACAGGAUUUAUAUCUGAUUCGAUCCACCAUGAUUCAGCCAGAAAAAGCAGCAUGCUCUCAGAAGGGAGUCUAGUUUAACGAAGGUUGGUUGGUUCAUCCUCUAGAGCUGAAUUCCAAACAUUUUGAAAAUGACGAGGCAUGCCAAAUAAAGAAUGGUCAAA